AACAUAAUUUAUGCAUAGAUAGUGCAAAAUAGAAUAUAGAAAUGAAAUCUGCAAUUAAAUCAUUUUCAGUUCUCGCAUUGCUAGUGCUGGUGAGUGUGAGCCUUGCUGAUGGGGCAGGGGAAUGUGGAAAAUCUUCUGCAGAUAAUGAAGCAUUUAAGCUAGCUCCCUGUGCUGAGGCAGCGCAGAAUGCGAAAGCUCCUGUUUCCGACAGUUGCUGCCUUCAGGUCAAGCGGAUAGGCCAGAAUCCGAGCUGCCUUUGCGCUGUCAUGCUUUCGGACACUGCAAAGGCAUCUGGAAUCAAACCGGAGCUCGCUGUAACUAUCCCUAAACGAUGCAAUAUUGCUAAUCGUCCUGUUGGUUACAAGUGCGGAGCUUAUGCGCUUCCGUGAUUGAAAGAAGUAUCAAACCUGAAGGCUGAAACACUUGGAAGCUGCUAUACCAGUCAUCUGUUUCUGUAUUCAAUAAAACUUAGCAACUCCAAUGUAUUGUCAUUAAUGUGUGUUUUCAGAAUGUUAAUGGUUAUUUAAAUUA